AUGUUCAACAAAAUUCAAACUUAUUUAUUACGACGUAUAUUUGAAGAUUUAGAUCCAAGUCUAUUUCAAACAAUAGAGGGUACAAUACUGCCUUCUCCAACUUCAGCAUCAUCAUUAUCACCGUCAACAGGUCAGGAUUCACAAGAGACUAUUCGUUUACACAAUAGUAUCGAGAUAAAUGAUACUACGUCACCCAGACAUUUCAAAAAUCAGAUUAGAGUCUAUAAUCAAAUAAUCAAUCUGGUUAAUCACUACAAGAGUCAAUUAACUGAUGAUAAUUAUAAGCUAGUAGUAUUGUAUUUUGAAUACUACUAUUUAAAUAUUAAACUUAAUAGAGUAAUUGAUGAUAACCCCAGAAGGCAAGUGCUCAAUUACAUCGACUACAUCCUAUCCUCGGUUGAUGACACAGUAUUAUAUACAACAAUAAUUGAAAUUGACAAGAUCCUACACACAUUCAACCAGACAUGCAAUUUACCACAACUAGAUGACGUAUUAUCCGAUUUUAAUUACUUUAUCAAACAAUUCCAAUCCAACAUUUCAAAAACCACGUUGAUCCAUGCAGUGUCAUUAACUUUUGCAUAUGAAGUUUUCCAAUAUCCCAAUAUGGCAAACAAGAUCAACAAUAAUCUGUCAACAAAUUUAAAGCAACGUAGACUUUUAAUUCAAUUUUCAAGAUUUUAUUUCAUAACUGCUUGGUUAAAUUAUACUCAAAAUAAAUCAAUGAAGUUUAUUACCUUGGAUGAAGUUGCUCAACAGUUUUGUCAUACUGAAUUUGAUAAAGUUGUGAAAGAUAUAAGACAAGGAGAAAGAGUUGUAGAGGAAACACUAAGUGGUGGGGGUCAUGAAGACCAAUAUAGUGACGAAGGUAAUGGUGGUGCAAUUGAUGAUCGAUUAAUACAAAUGUAUAAUGCUGGAUCAUUGGCUGGAUUAAGAAGCGAUGAAAUUAUUCAACUGUUUCAAGAAGCAAUGAAGGAAUAUAGAUUUAGAAGACAGUUAACUAAUAAAAAAUAA